AUGGAGCUUUCUGCCUCCACACAUUCCAUCAGAGCUUUGGGGGGAGAGAGGGAGAGGGUUGGUGGGUGGGAGGGGCCAUCAGGUGAGCUUGGGGCUGGUGUAUAAGAGCAGGUCCAGGUGAGAGAGAAGGGACACGGCAGUACGAGGAGCUGCAGAGAACAGGAGACACACAAAGGUACCACGGAGAACAGGUAGGAAAUAAAUCUCUCCCUCCACCACAAUGGAAGCGUUAUUCUCUAACCACAAAUCUCUCUUCCCUUAUCCCUCAAUCUGAUCCUUUUCCUGGUAAAUGUGCCUUAAAUGCUGGGAACUUUUUCAGACUCUUUCAGUCUAAAAAAACUUGAACAACUCUGAAUAGAUGUGCAAUUACUUGUAAUUCUGCAUGGCAGUUAUUCAUUCAUUAUUGUUUCCACUCAGCUAUACUGUUGAGUUAUAAUAGUAUGAUGAUAGAAGUAGAUUAUCUGUGCAGUUUUGUGACAUGCAUGUGGUAUCUGGGUCUGUAUUCACAAUGAUUCAGAAUAGGAGUGCUGAUAUAGGAUCAGUUUUGACUUAUGGAUCAUAAUGAUUAAAAUGAUAUGGACAGGGGGGACCUGAUCACAGAUCAGCACUCCUACCUACUCUGAUAUGCUUAUUGAACUCUGUUUCCUUCCAGAAAGGUAUUAAUCAUGAUCCGAGGUCUGCUGUCGGUGCUGUUGGUCCUGGUGGCCGUAGCCGUGUCUUCAUCUCUGGCCAAGCCUGAGAAGAACAUCGCGAAGAGGGGGAAGAGGAUCCCUCAGACUCUCUCUAGAGGUAACACUCCCUCCCCUUACUAUUUCUCAAAGCUUAUCACAGUGUAGUGUUUGAAUGAAUGAAAGAAAGGUUUUAAGAGUACAGUACACUUUCUCAUUUUCCUCAUUCUAAAGCACUGGUCAGUGUGGUCUGAGAUAUCUAAUGAAUAGAGCUGACAUACGAUUCCUUAUUCUACAUGUCAGUAGAGGCAUGUCUGUUCUACGCAAUAUAUAUCUACCUGAAUGUUCUGUAAUGUUGCACCUUCCUGAGCAGACCCCAGGUAUUCUGACACUGUUCUUCCUGUCGUCUCCUGUAGGCUGGGGUGAUCAGCUGGUCUGGGCUCAGACCUAUGAGGAAGCUCUGUACUGGGCCAGGGCACAGUGAGUGAACAAACGUUUAUUGCUACGUGCGAAAUGGCAUCCUAUUUCUUAUGUGGUGCACAAUAGGGAAUAGGUUGUUAUUUCACAUAAAUAUAAUAGAUCUGGAUAGCUGAUGUGUUAUCUUUGCAAAAAAACAAAUACAUUUCAAGGCAUUCCUUGGAAUCUCUUUUCUAUUCUAUUCUAUUUUAUUUUAUUCAUAUUCUAUUCUAUUCUAUUGUAACCAGAACUACUUUGUCUCCACAGGAACAAGCCUCUGAUGGUCAUCUUCCACCUGGAGGACUGUCCCCACAGCGCAUGUAAGACCCUGACCUAUAGCAAAUAAGCUGCCACUCUGUUGCACCUUCCUGAACAGACCUCAGGUCAAAGUCCCUCCCUUGGCUAGUUAUGUGUCCUGGCAUUCUCCCAAAUUGUGAUGCAUCACUCAGUUGUAUUAGAUGCCAGGACUUGUUUAAACAGCCAUUAUCACAUUCGUAGUAGAACAAACAGGACUCUGUUUGCCAAGGUGGUAUAUACCCGUAGCAUCCUGCUGCCAUGUAUGGGAGAGGACAAUAAAACUCUUAAGGUCUCUUAAGUCAAUAUAACAUAUUUAUUUUGUGUAUCCAGCCAUGAAGAAGGCCUUCGCUGAAGACAAGGACAUCCAGAAGGUAGCUGAUGAAGACUUCAUCAUCCUCAAUCUGGUGGUGAGUUUUAAAUUCAGACUUUGGAAAACAUUACUAGAAUCAUGCCACGCACAAUACCUACAUUAAUUAUCUUCGAUUUUCUGAUUUUAUUUUAUACUUUUUUGUAUUCAUAUUUGACUUUUAUUUUUAUUUUUCAAACAUACUUUUAGUAUUUAGAAAUACAUAAAUAAUUCAUAUGUGUUACUCUCCCUGUGUUAUCAGUAUGAAACCACAGACAAGCAUCUCUCCCCUGAUGGCCAGUACGUCCCCAGAAUCAUCUUUGUUGGUGAGUGAUGAUGUCACGUUUUCCAUGCAGCAUUACAUGCGAACGAAUGUCAAUAUUUUGUCUAUGAUGGCAUCAAACAAAAGCGACAGAUUUUAAUCAGUAGUUCUCUCUCUCUCGCUCUCUCUCUCUCUUUCCCCCUCUCUCCCCCCCUCUCUUUCUCUCCCCUCAGAUCCCUCUAUGACAGUGAGAGCUGACAUCACAGGACGCUACUCCAACCGUAUGUACGCCUAUGAGCCUUCUGACAUCAAACUCUGUGAGUACAACUUGAUCUUUUCUCUCUUUUGACUGUUUGAUUGCAUACUAACAGUUUACAUACUGUUAAUAAAUCAGUAUUUAGUAGAUUAUAAAUAUUUAAGCAUUUAUACACAUUUAUAAGCUUUUAUAAAUGUAAGGCAUUACAAAGUGUAACCAGACAUUGUUUUAUAAUUAAUUCAAAUAAAUUACAUUUGGCCAUUAGUGCCAUCAACAACAACAAAAAAUGACUCCUCUGUGAGAAACAACCUGCUCCUUAGCGACUCUUGUGUGAGUGACUUAGUCUUGACUUCUCUUGAGUGACUUUUGACUUCUCUUGAGUGACUUAGUCUUGACUUCUCUUGAGUGACUUUUGACUUCUCUUGAGUGACUUUGACUUCUCGAGUGACUUAGUCUUGACUUCUCUUGAGGGACUUAGUCUUGACUUCUCUUGAGUGACUCUUCAUUUUCCCUUCACCCUACAGUGUUGAGCAACAUGCAGAAGGCCAAGAAGCUGCUGAAGACUGAGUUGUAAGCACUGACAAAGCAUGUGACCCGUUGACCAUUGGCCUCGGACCUCAGAGGUUUUCUGAACAUUCUCAGAACAUUCUCAGAAUGAUCUCUGGAGCCUAGGAGUCAGCCAGUGGCAUACUGUCACCAUGUAACCUUAAGCACUGGAAAGAACUAGUCUUCACUUUCACAAAAUGCAUUUCUAUUUUUUACAUUCUGUUAUUUUCCCUGAAACUCUCGAUCUUUGUAAUGUAUUGCUGUACAUCUGAGAUGCAAUUCUUAAAUGAUGUGUGCAUCAUUGUAAAAUGUAACCAGAUUAUCUGAGUGUAUAAACUUUUUUACCCUUCAUGAUGAUGACUCAAGUUAAAAGGGCUAUUGAAAAGAGAGAAAGUGUGUGUGUGUGUGUGUGUGUGUGUCAAUGUGUGUAUGUGUGUGUGUGUGUAGCUAAAGAGUGAGUGCUGACAUCCUGGUCACAUCCUGAAUGGUCGGGCCAUUGGGGGUUUGAAAGGACUUUUCCUGAGUCACUGCCUGGUAGCCUGGUUACUGAACCAGUCAAAGCCUGGUUGCCUGACUACCGAACCUCAACCAAUGCCUUUGUUGUAUAA